GUUCAGAUUCUCAGUUGUGCUCAACGGUAUCGCGAGGAUAACAGUCCUUGAAAUUCAAAUAAAUCAGUGAAAUUCUGAAAUAUAUUUUGUGAGUGUUUUUGCACAUUUUCGACGCAUUUCCAUUCAAUCAAGAUGUCACAGAAGAGCUCACUUUUGCCGCCAAAUCUCUGCUUCAUGCUCGCCAUGGUGGUUGUCCUGGGAAGUGUGUCUUCAGUUUUCGCUCAAGUGACUUUUAGUCGCGACUGGAAUGCUGGAAAGCGGGCUUUCGAACCAGUUCCCAGCGACUGUGGUGCUGUUAUGCGGACAAUAGUGUCACUCUGUGGCGCUAUUUCGAAGAAUGCCCAUCAAUUGUCCCUGUGCGAGAUGAAGUCCAUCUUCCACAGCCUCCACGAUGACGACACUUCGGGAAAUCUGAUGUUGCACAAGUAAAUUCACGGUAGAUUCAUGGUGAGAGGCGAGGAGUUUAGACAAAGAGACACACACGCACUGGAGGAAGGCGGUAAAUUUAUUUAAUGGCUAGGAGGCAGCAAGAUUUCGGCAAGAACCCAAUGCAAACGUCAAUGGACUAUGAGAAAAAAUCCCCUUAGAUGUUGUCCUCAGUCUGUAAAUUUAAUAAAAUAACUUGAGUAGAUGAAUGAGGGCAGGUUUGAGAAA